AUGCCACCACCAAACGGCCCUCGAGGCGGAAACGCCAACUCUACCCGACAGACUCGAUCCUCCACUGCCACAAAUCGCACGCCUCGAGGCGGCAUUGCGCGGCGCGGCCGUGGUGCGCGAGGUGAUCGCGAUGGAGACGUCGAUAUGGACAUCUCCGCUGGCAGCAAGCCCAGCAGAUCUGGCGGCGGAAUCAACAAGUCCUCCAACUCAACGCGCCGCGGUAAUACCAGAUCCUCCGCACCCCAGAAUUCCAAUACAAGACUCCAGCAGAACGUUGCCAAACACCUGGGUGGGGACACAUCGCGCAUCCCCAACGCGCCCAGCGCGGCCAAGAUAGCAGCAAACAACACAACACUCAUAGUGACGGGGCACAAGUCGAGCAAGGCUAGUUCCAAUACCGACGGAGGAGUCAAGAGUCUGUUGCAGUUCCUGGAGAGAAAGGCGUCACAAUUGAAGGGCUCUGGUCGUCCUGUUACGAUUAAGAAGUCGCUUGCCAAGGGUGACUCCGUCUACAUACUGGCCAGCAACCAAGAUGCCGAGGAGAUUACCAAACUCAACAAGUUUAACUUUGCCGGAGCUGCCCUGUCCAUAACUAAGAGCGAGGAAGGCUGGCCACGAACGGAUCAGACAGAUGCUCCGAACUUGUCGAACAAGGCACAACAGGACAAGAUGAUUCUACAGACUGUCUUGGAACGACGAUACGACACCAGCACGAAACUCCUCAACCUGUCGGCUCUGGGCCAAGACCCGGUUCUCACCGAGAUGGGCCUGUUCCAAGCAAAGAACACGGCCGAGAAGACCUUCAAGGUGCUUAUGGUCAUCUGCCAGGAAUUGUUCAAGACUCCGGAAGCGAAGCGCCAGGCGAUUGAAAGCGUGUCUCUUGCCGGCAACAAUCUCGACUACGUUGGUCUGGUCUUUGACCUUGCCGAGACCUUCCCUGAUCUCCUGCAUCUUGAUCUCAGCAACAAUCACUUUUCUUCACUGAAGCAACUCAACAAGUGGCGCGGUCGCUUCAAGCAUCUUCAAACCCUGCUUCUGAACAACAACCCUGUUAUCCAGGCCGAACCGAACCACGCCACCGAAGUGAUGGAAUGGUUUCCGAAGCUGCAGGUACUGAGUAAUGUGGUGGUCAGAACCCCUGAAGCCAUCGCCGCGGAGGAAGCAAAGGCCAAACCGAACCCAAUCCCACAGCGAGGCACCGACUUUCGCGAUGUUGCCGGGCUUGGAGAACGGUUCAUUCGCGAGUUUUUCCCGAUGUACGACACGAACCGGGACAGUUUGUUGUCAACCUUUUAUGACGAGCACAGUACUUUCACGCUGGCUGUCGACAUGGGUGGUCCACGGGACACCAACACUCCUGUGCUCCCGUGGCAACCUUACCUGUCGUUCUCGCGCAACCAUCAGCGGAUUACGACAGAGGCAGGUCGAUUCCAACGCUACAUGAAGGGCGUUCACAUUCAGGAAAUCUGGAAGAAACUACCAGCAACAAAUCAUCCAGACCUAGCAACAAACCUGGACAAAUACAUCAUUGACUGCCACCCCAUGAAAGGUCUGCAUGAUCCUGUCAACCACAAAGUUGAAGGAGAAGAUGGAAUGAUCAUCACCAUGCACGGAGAAUUCGACGAGCUUGAGGCAUCGAGUGGGAAUACAGGCAAACGCAGCUUCUCGCGCACCUUUGUGAUCGGUCCCGGCUUGCCCGGCCGAAAUCCCAUACGCGUGAACAGCGACAUGCUGUCGAUAACACCUUGGAGUCCGGUUCCAUCAGUCACCGUAUCCGUGACUGCCCCGGGCCCAUCUCCCGAGGAUCAACAACAAUUGAUGGUGCUCGAGCUGUCAAAGCGCACACAAAUGACUCCCGAGUUCUCAAAGAUGUGCCUUGAGACAGCCGAAUGGAAUUUCGACCGAGCGCUGAUAGUCUUUGAGGAAAAGAGGGCGGUCCUUCCACCCAACGCCUUUAUCUCAGCAUGA